AUGGAAAAGUUUUAUUUCAAAGCGUUGGUGAAUGCAAAAUUCUGCAAGAACCCUAAGCUUGUCAUAGCCUAUGAUUUCUUCUUAACAGGGUUCAACAUAGCUAUGAACACCUCAGACAGACUUGGGUUGAAAAUAACUCCGGUGACUGUGAACGAGUUACCUGGACUCAACACACUAGGCAUAUCCAUGGGUCGCAUGGACUUUGGACCAUAUGGUCUCAACCCUCCACACAUACACCCCUCCAGGUACAGAGAACCUAACAGACUUGAGGGGUACCCUAUAUGUUGGCUUCAUAAUCUCCAACCCCGAAAAUCGUCUCAUCACCCAAAUAGUCAGAAUCCUGGUAUCAUCACUAUCACAGUUGUUGUCUUUGGAUCGAAGCCUUCUAUAUCAGAUGAUGUUCUUGCCAAAGCCUUCCAACUUGACGAGAAAGUGGUUGAUAAUCUUCAAGCCAAAUACCGGACCUGA